GGUGUUAUCUCCCUUUAUUACCGCUAUCAUUCCAGCCAUGAUAUGCAAGGUCGCGCUUUGUGCAGUAGACCACGGAUUCAGCGAGGACAGAAGAAAAAAAAAAUCAAAGUAACAUUGUCAAGAUUUUCAAAGAUAGCAGACGUAUAGGUCCAGAUGGUAACCUUCCAUGUCAACACAAAGCCCAAAGGCUUCGCCAGCGACACGGUAGCCCUCGCAACGUUGAUUUUCGGAGACCGCCGGUCGAUCGAAAAGCCAGAUGUAUGGACGAGUAUAGUCACCAAGCGAAACCACCACGCACACUGCGCAGGGACGUUGGGGUCCUUCAACAGCGCAGAACAAAGCACUGCAUCGUCUUCACUCCGCGUCGGGCCAUCACAGACAGAACAAGAACCACCACCACCGGCAGCGGAAAAGGGUGACACAGAACGUCCCACGCAGAGCCCCCCAACAGCGCACAUGCACGUGUGAACGUAGACCAGCAAGAGCCAAACACGCACCGCCGACAGAAAAACCCGGGCCCCCCAGAGCACGGUCCUGUUGACGUGUCCCCUCGACACCGCCCAGGGUAGGAACCCAGCCCGAGCAGCGCACCACCAGGGUGCCGCCCGAGACCUCCAGGCGACCAUCUGCCACCGCCCGGACUUCCUCUCUAUCGAAGCCUUCACUGCCGGACAAGCGUCUGCGAGCAUGUAUGACAUCGUGCGGGGGUUUCCGACUCUCUUCACGCCCCGUCUAUGCGCUUGUCCUAUCUCGUCGCCGGUGCUUCGCUUCCUCGGCGUCACGGAACCUCACGGAACUUCGAGUGCUGAGCGGGCUUUGCACCUUCACGCCUUUGGAGCCGCCGGCCGAGGGAUGCUAGGCCAUCUAGCGCGCAGUACAUCGGAAGGCUUGCGGAGAGCAAUGGCGAACACCGACUGAGGUCGAGAACAGUAGGGCUCACCUUACAAAGCUCUAAAUCACGACGCCCUACCGCACAACAUCUCCGACCCCGACGCCAACCUCGCAUACGACCCCUCGGCCGGCCCCAACC